CGGCACUGUUGUUACCUCGUAAACGUGGAACCAAAAUUCAAAACUCUUCGCUUCUUCUUCUUCUCUCUCUGCUAGCAGCACUACCACCACUUUCUCCUUCACUCAAUCCACUUUACAAUCUUUUUUUUUAUAGCUGUGGAUCAGUGAUUUUAGGCGGGAAAUCUGAUAAAGUCAUGAUUGAAUCGUCGCCGCCGGCGCCGUCUUCGUCGGCGGAAUCGAGCUUCCGGGAGUUGGAUGAAGUCUUUUUGCAGACUCAAACGCGGAUAUGGCUGGGGGAGCUUCUGAAUACGAGAUUGGAUGAGGAUUUGGCUCUCCCUGAUUUGCUUCAAGAUGGAGAAAUACUGUUUCAAGUUUCUAGAGUAGUGUGGGACUUUUUGAUGACCAAAUGUAUGGAGCUCAGGCAUUUGAAACAUAAAUACGGUCUGUUUGCUUCUAAGAAGAGCAGUGGGAGGUACAGGCCUUACUCCAAUGUUGAUUUCUUUCUAAAGGUAUGCAAAAUUCUGGGUUUGAAUGGCAUCGACCUUUUUUCACCAUCUGAUGUUGUGGAGAAAAGAAAUAUUCGAAAAGUAUGCAUUUGUAUAAGAGCCCUCUCAAAAAAAGCAAGGUCUAAGCAACUAAGUGUCCCAGACUUCGACAUGGUUAUGCACUCAGUAACCAUGCCAACUGAUAUGGUAGGGGUGAUAAGAAGGAGCUUAGAGUCACCACAGUGCACCUUGUCGAGUUCAUCCAGUUAUGGUUCACAUAAGGGCUCAAUUACGAAGCUGAAAAAGAGCAACUUAUUUUCACCGGACAUAAGAGAUGGUGAUUCUAGUAGCUCAGAUGAGUCAGAUGAAGCAGAAAGCCGAUACAUGGGUGAAAAUUCCUUUUCAUCUCCAACCAAUUUUGAUGAUGCUGAUGGAGUGAAUUCCGACCUAGAAGAUUCACAUGAAAAUAGCUAUGUAUCUGGACAAUAUAGGACAACAGAUUUGGUGGAAUCAGAUGUCAAAUGCAAAUCUGACUCUAAGAAGUUAUCAUACGAUGGCAGUUCAAAUGUAAACGGUGAAGAGAGACAAACCUACAACAAUGGUAAUGCAGAUGUUUCCAGUGUGAACUUGACCCCUGAGAAUGACGAUCCAUACAUGGGAGAUUCUUCAUGCAUUGAGGUGGGAGAAAAUAAUUACAUUGCCAAUUAUUUGGCAUUUUCAGAUUUAAUGGUUCAUGCAAACGAUAGUAACUCUGUUGUUGGUGAUGGGGAGAACAAUAUGUUUGAUUUUUUUCUAAAUGUCGAACCCCAAGGAGCUACUACGGGUGAGAGUUUCCACAAUGGAUCACAAAGAGUGUAUUCUGAUGAUGAAGAUAUGGAGGUUUCUUCCACAACUAGUAUGACCUCUGUGUUGGGCCGGUUGCUCAACUUGGAGUUUGACAAUCAAUAUGAUGUGGAAGAUUCAUUGAGUUCGAAUGUUAAUUCUUCUGCAUCCAAGGAACUUGAGUCUAGGAAACUCUAUAAAGAUGCACCUGUAUCAGCGGAAGAAGGUGAAUUGCCUGUUUUGGAGCACUCAAAUGAUGACAACGUUGACAAGAAUAAUGUCCUUAGGGAUGUGAUCGUUGCAAAUGAGGAUACAGAGAGACCUCUUUCUGUGGAAGAUGAUAAUAAAGAGACUAACGGGGCUAUCAUCCUAGGUUCAGAUGAAGAUACGGUCGAGCAUGGAGGAUCGGUCUGUUUAGAAUUCUCAAACAAGAGUAAACUAGUUGAGGACAUAGCUUUUCAAGCUAUAAACAUCCAAGAUGCUCCACCUCAGAUUGUUUCUGGUGACACCAACACACAUAACUCCAUACUUGAAACUGUUUCAGCCCGUGUCCAAGUUGAUGACACGAAUACAGCACAGGAGGACUCUAGUGCCCAAAAUCAUAUUUCUACAACUGAUGAAAAUGGUGAUCAGGACAAGAGAGAAAAGGUUGAAAGUGAUUCUCAGCGGCCUCCGACGAAGCAUAAGAGAAACCCAUUGCUGAAAACAGUUGUGAAAGGCACAGCAGUUGCUGGUGUCAUAUUUCUCUUGCUACACAUCAGAAAAACCAAUGCGAACAGUGCACAAGAACGUCGACAGAAUCCUCAGAUGCUGAAGCACAACGGCCAGAAGCCCUCUUCUGGGAAGCAACAAACAAGAAGUGUAGGGAAAGGGGUAUAUCCAACAGAGAAGCUCAAGCUAUGAAAUUAGCGUACACAAAGACGUGGCAUUAUCCGAGAAACUGAGGAAACGUAACGGCUAGAUGGACUUGGGGGAUUGCCUGAGAACACUGCUGCAUGGCUUCUGCCAUUAUCCGAUUUUGAUACAGAGAUAUAGGUCUAAGUUAAACAAACUCUUUAUUUAUGUAUUUAUUUAUUGAUUAUAUAAAAAUUUUAUGUCACAUUUCA